UUCUGAAUUCUGGAUUAUUUCCUUUUCUUUUCUUUUCUCUAGAAAAAAUAUAUUUGUGAACUUAAACAAUCAAGCUCUUCGUUGACCGGAGGUUUUGGUCGUUGGAUUGACAAAUAAUUUGUAUUUGAAGAUUAAAUUAAUUGAAUUUAUUUUCCAUCAAUCUUUAUCUGCUGCUGACUGUGGUUCUUGAUGUUAACUUUCCGGAAUUAUUUCUCUCUCUGAAUGUGCAGAGCUGUUAAGCAUUUUUCCUGGCAAGCCUAUUUUUUUCCUGGGUCCUAAUUAGCUCAUUUUUGGCGUCAAAUUCAAUCAUCUUCAUUCUGUCGAUGACGUAUGACUCCCAAAUUCCUUUUUGUUUCUGGUGCAGUUUAAGAAGUUUAGUGAAGAUGUUAGAAAAGAUGGAAAAAAUUAACGUCGAUAAAGUGAUAGAAGAAUUUGAAGCAAUUACAAAGGAUGCUGAGAGGGUCCAGAUAGAGACCCUCAAGAAGAUUCUGGAAGAGAAUGGCUCUGCAGAGUACUUGCAGAAUUUGGGUCUCAAUGGACGAACUGAUCCAGAGGCUUUCAGAGAUCAUGUUCCCAUUGUUACUCACAAGGACUUGGAACCUUAUAUUCAAAGAAUUGCAGAUGGUGAUCGUUCCCCUGUUCUCACCAGAAAGCCCAUAACAACCAUAUCUCUGAGUUCGGGUACUACUCAAGGAAAGCCAAAAUAUCUACCAUUCAAUGAUGAAUUAACAGAGAACACCUUGCAGAUAUAUAGAACUUCUUUUGCAUUUAGAAACAGAGAGUUCCCUACUGGGGAUGGAAAAGCCUUGCUGUUCAAUUUUAGCAGCAAACAGUACAAAACAAAAGGGGGGUUGGCUGCUGGGACUGCCACAACAAAUCUCUUCCGCAGUCCACACUACAAAAAUGCAUUGCAGACAAUGGAGUUCAAUUGCUGCAGCCCUGAUGAAGUGAUAUUUGGGUCUGACUUCCACCAAUCAUUGUAUUGCCAUCUCUUAUGCGGGUUAAUCCACUGUGAAGAAAUUCAGUUUGUGUUCUCUAUAUUUGCCCACAGUAUUGUCCUUGCAUUUAGAACCUUUGAACAAGUUUGGGAAGAGCUUUGUGAUGACAUUCGCAAUGGGGUACUCAGCAGCCGAGUCACUGACUUUUCCAUUAGAAAUGCAAUGUCACAAGUGCUUAAGCCAAAUGUUGAGUUGGCUGAGCUGAUUCAUAGGAAAUGCUCAGGAUUGAGUAAUUGGUAUGGAUUAAUACCAGAACUUUUUCCUAAUGUGAAGUAUGUAUUUGGGAUAAUGACUGGGUCAAUGGAGCCUUAUGUGAAAAAACUGAGGCACUAUGCUGGUGAGAUGCCUUUGGUGAGUGGUGAUUAUGGUGCUACAGAAGGGUGGAUUGGAGCAAAUGUCAAUCCAAAGCUACCUCCUGAGUUGGCUACUUUUGCUGUGCUACCUAAUAUUGGAUACUUUGAAUUCAUUCCUCUUGGAGACAAUGCUGAGAAUAUUUUCACAGAGCCUAAGCCAGUGGGUUUAACGGAAGUCAACAUUGGAGAAGAGUAUGAAAUCAUUGUCACAAAUUUUGCAGGUUUGUACAGGUACAGACUAGGAGAUGUGGUGAAGAUUAUGGGCUUCCAUAACUCAACCCCAGAACUUAAAUUUGUAUGCAGGAGGAGCUUACUACUAACUAUAAACAUUGACAAGAACACUGAGAAAGACUUGCAACUCUCUGUUGAAGAAGCGGCCAGACUGUUAGCUCAAGACAAACUUGAACUUGUUGAUUUCAGCAGUCUAGUGGACCGAUCCACAGACCCUGGCCACUAUGUAAUCUUCUGGGAAAUUAAUGGAGAACCAACUGAGGAGGUGUUGCAAGAAUGUUGCAAUUGCUUGGACCGGUCUUUCCUUGACGCAGGCUACAUCACUUCUCGCAAGAUCAAUGCCAUUGGACCUCUUGAGCUCAGAGUGGUUCGCAGGGGAACCUUCCAGAAGAUUCUGGAUCAUUACCUAGGAUUAGGAGCUGCUGUUAGCCAGUUUAAAACCCCACGGUACAUCUGCCCCACUAAUAAUGUGGUGUUGCAAAUCUUCAGCAACAACAUUGCCAAGACCUACAGCAGUAUUGCCUUUUGAACCAAAUUUGUCAGUAUAUUCUUCUGCGUUUUCCUGAGAAAGCAAACAAAAUCUUGCAGAUUCCCAUGAAGAAAACGUUAGGGUUCCAAGAAGCCUUACUCAUAUGGGAUUUAGACAGCCUCUUGUAUGACUCAUAUGAGUUGGUGUCACUUAGCCAUCACAUUGAACGCCAUCUAAUGAUACUGCCAUCUCUUGGAGUAUCGAGAAGGCCGUCUAAUACAGUCACCGGCUCCGCCCUUUUAUUGGGCUCCGGAGAAAGGGAACGUACGCGUGGUCGCUCUUCUAUGGUUAAAAAUUGGAGUGAGUUUGUAAAGUCAAAAUUGUGGAGGAGGAAGAGGAGGAGGAAUGGAAUUGGACACAGCUUCAAGGAUAAACCCAAGAAGGUGAAAGCAGGAGUACUGCCUUGUGGCUUCCGUAACAGUUUUCAUCUGUGAUUUGUUAAGGAUUUAAACAUGAAUUAAGAAUAAAAAUAAGAUGGGUAUUAAAAAAAACUGAGCAAUAAGGUAAUCUUGAUUUUUCAUGUGUAAGCGUUAGAUAUUGUUUGUGUGAUUUUUGUUUUGUUAGUUGGCGUUAGGACUGUCUGCUCUGGACCUUCCUUGAAUCUGUUACAAAUUGUAGUCUUGUCUUGUGCAUUAUCUUUAAUGCAUGCUUGUUUUUUUCUUUUUAACUAUUUAAAAUCCUUACUGGGACAAUACACAAAGGAAAAGGGGUAGAGCUCGAAAACUUUAUGUUCCCCACGAACUUCUCUGUUUUCAUGGGCUCUGAUACUGAAGAAGUGGCCAUGUCCGAAUCCCACAUGGACAUUUUAAGCCUAAAAGGAGCUGAGCUUGUUUUCUCUGCAUAAACAGUUGAACAGUGGCUCGCAUGUCAUCGUUCUGUUGACAGGAGAUUUUUGAAGCCCAACAAAAGCUGGUUUUGCUAUUACAGGAAACAUCCAAUAAAGCACCAAAAUUUAAUUAUGAUGAUAUGAACAAACAAACAAGUGUGACUAAAAUCUAUAGAGAUCACGUGUAAGAAUCCACCUCAGAAGCAGCCAAGUUUCCAGAAAUAUUUUUGUAUGAGUUUUGGGAUUUUUCGGUGAAAGCUGUCUGGACUGUGGAGUGGAAAACGUACAGUACAGGGCCAAAGUUAAAACGAAGAUGAACAAUUGAAUUCAAAGCAAUUUCUAUUUCAAUUUCUUGGUCUUACGUCACAUGUUCUGCUUUUCAUACUGCUCCUGUACUUCCUCUGUCGGAUUCUUACAUGCUAGCUGAUUCUGGGUG